ACCGUCGUAUUACUUCCGGGUCCUUUGCAGUUCCUAUGGACGCUCUCUGUGGUUGGCAGCAUACACAGUUCUCCCUCUAGAAGCAAAUUGCACCCAGUCAAUCGACUUAUGUUUGCAAUUAUUUAAAAUUCAAGCCGUGAGCAAUUUAUCCGUCCUUGGUUUGCGUUUUGACUGUGACAGGUAAACGCUAAACUUACUGUCAGUCUUCUAGUGAACGAGCGCUAGCUGACGUUUGAUUCGAAGUCUGAAGUCAAUAUGCCGCUGGGUUUAAAGCCAUGUUGUGCAGUUUGCAAGACGAACUCAUCUUCUAUGUGGAAGAAAGGAAAUCAUGGAGAGAUACUGUGCAAUAACUGCACCGGGAAGCACAGCGCCAUUGGAACAGCCGGACCUUCGGCCUCCUCCAGCACACAACAAAAUAAUGGCGGCGUAAAGCAGUCUAAACAGGAAAUCCAUCGUAGAUCAGCACGAUUGAGAAGCACGAAGUACAAGGCACCCGCAUCAGAGAAAAAGGUGUCCACUAAAGGAAAGGGGAGAAGGCACAUCUUCAAGCUGAAAAAUCCAAUCAAAGCUCCAGAGUCGGUAUCUACAAUCAUCACAUCAGAGUCUGUUUUUUACAAGGGAGUGUAUUUCCAAAUAGGCGAUGUCAUCAAAGUAACAGACGAGGAUGAUGGGAAGCCGUACUAUGCCCAGAUUCGGGGCUUUGUGCAAGACCAGUAUUGCGAGAAGAGUGCAGCUUUGACCUGGUUAAUACCAACACAGGCCAGUCCCAAAGACCAGUUUGAUCCCAGCACGUACAUCAUAGGCCCAGAAGAGGAUCUUCCAAGAAAAAUGGAGUACCUUGAGUUUGUUUGCCAUGCUCCUUCUGAGUAUUUCAAGUCAAGAAGCUGUCCCUUCCCCACUAUUCCUGUUGGUCCGGAGAAAGGCUUUAUCUGGAUGCAUAUCGGACCCACACCAGCAACUACGAUUAAAGAAUCAGCUGCCAGUACUAAUUAAGACUGGUUUAAUAUUCAUGUCACAGACUCGGGCUGAACAUUUUACUUGUGGAAAGUCUGUUAAACUUUCAAAAAGGGAAGUUUGUGUGUGAUGGUCCUUGUUGUCCCAUGUCUCCUAAAUAUCAUGAUCUCAAGUUCUGCAGGACUGCGGAUCUCCAAGCUCCACACAACUUUUGAGCUGUGAUUUGUUGGACCUGAAGGAAUUGUUGUUGGACUCAAAGAGUCACCACCACCCAGUGUUUAGUUUGCACAGAAGAGGACCUUUUACUAAUAUGAGGCCAUAUCUCCAGCAUCUGUACAGAGGGCAGAAGGGUUUAAUGCAAUUAUGUCUAAUGUGAAUUGGUUGGUUGGGCUGCGAGAUGUAUCUUUUUUAUUGUUAAUGUAAAUAUGAAUUUCAUAAUAAACACAUCACAAAGGCCUGUGAUUUAAAAAUGA